UUAUGUUCUGUUGGACUUGCUGGUUAAAGGUUGGACUACCUCUACCCUUGUUAUGUUAGAGGCCCAAAGUUGGCGAGACACAAUCGUAAUUUUAUCAUGCGUAUAAUCGUCUCAUAUAAAUAUUGAUACUCGUAUGCAAACGUAGGUCAAAGAGUGUGAGCCAUUCUGAUCCUCUUUCUUUGCUAAUGGUACGAUAAGUCGGAGGGUAUUGUUGACGGUCGUAUCAACUUUCACUCGAGUGGUUUUUUUUCACACAAAAGCACUCGUUCUGCUGUUGUGAACUUUGAUACGAAGAUUAGUUUAAUCCGGUUGAUUUGGGACUUACAUAAGCAGUGAGACGAAUAAAAAGGUGAAGAAUUCCACUGGUUUUACCAAAGACCAACUUCAACAUGUCGAGAUCUCUAGCGAUGGGUGUCUUGGGAAAACAAAUUGUUAAGGGCAUAGCAGCUCCGUUGCUACGAAACUACACGUCUGCUACAAAACUAGUCGAUAUUGUAGUGAAUGAUAAGACAGGUAUCGCCACGGUGUCGAUGAACAAGGCUCCAGUGAACAGUCUGAAUUUGGAAUUAAUUACCGAAUUAAAUUACAGCAUUCGAGAACUAGAAAAAAGUAAAUGCCGGGGUGUGAUACUCACCUCCUCGCUACCCUCGAUAUUUUCAGCUGGAUUAGAUAUUAUGGAAAUGCACAAACCAGAUAUAAAACGAGCGGAAACUUUUUGGCGGACGUUACAAGACCUUUGGCUCACUUUAUACGGUACUGGACUCCCUACCGCAGCUGCGAUCAACGGUGCAAGUCCCGCCGGUGGCUGUCUUCUUGCCUUGUCUUGCGAGUACCGAACAUUUGUUGAAGGAAAGCAUACAAUAGGAUUGAACGAAACAAAGCUUGGGAUUGUUGCUCCGAAAUGGUUCCAAGACACGAUCAUCAACACCAUCGGUCAUCGUUGGGCGGAAAUCUCCCUUUUGCAAGGUGCUCUUUACUCACCGGAAGACGCUCUUAAAAUCGGUCUGGUCGAUGAAUUAGCCAAGGACAAAGCCGAUGCAAUUGUCAGUUGUGAAAAGUACAUCGGAUCCUUUGCUAGAGUAGCACCUGAUGCCCGAACUGUGACAAAAAGGGUGGUGCGAGAGGCAGCCCUGAAUUGGCUUGAGAAGAAUCGGGACCAGGACCUAAAAACAUUCAUCGGUUUCUUAGAACAACCGAAAGUACAAAAGAACCUGGACUUGUACAUCCAGUCGUUGAAAAAGAAGUGAAAUUAUUAAAAGGUAUAAAUCGUAUACACAUAUAAAUAUAAUCAAAUAGGCUUCCUACGGAAUUGAAGGUAAUAUGAAGUAAUUGUAAGUGUUGAAUCGGAUAAUAUUUUCUUACCAGAUUCUUAAUAUCGCAUUUGUACAAUGUCAAUAAUAAAAAAUAUCACAAAACCUGCCAA